UAUUAACAAAUAUCCUAAAAUACUUUAGGAAAUUAUUAUUAAAAUCCAAAUUCUGUUUUUAUGUGACAUGAGUUACAUGAGUUUGGCAGAGUAGGGCUAUUUAUGUAUUUUUUAUACAAUAAUAAAUUUGUCAACAUUAGCAUUGCAUAGAUGUAAAUAUUUUAAUCACAUAAGCAAAUUAUUAUUUUUUUUCUUUUUUUAAACGAGAAGGGGAAAUUCAACACAAAAAUCACAGCUGUUCAUUGGUUGGAGGUAUCUCGCACCCCUGCCUGCGUCGCGAGGUUUAUUAAAAUCAUGGCAAACCACGCGUUUUAAUCGUGUCAGUAAUCCAGAUUAGUAGACAAUUCUCUAAUCAUUUCACUAAUACAUUUGAUGUCCAUGCUCAAGGUUUAAUAGUGGAUUGCCACGCAAGGUAAGUUCCUAUUUAUUACGGUACCUAAUUCCAGUUGCACACCGUGCACGCUCAUCAGUUUUAAUUAUGAUAAAUAGUCAAUAAACACGAUGUUAUCAUGAUGUAUAGACGGAAAGGAUUUCCCAUCAUUGUCAGUCGAUCCAUGUGGAAUUUAUACCAAUAAAUAUCUAACUACGUCAAGUCAAAAUUUUUAAUAUUUGCACAAAUUUAAACGAAAAACACUGUCAGUAGCAGUCCUUUAGAUUUAUCAGAAUCCAAAACUUAUAAUCGUUAGGAUUUAGUACUUAUACAUUAAUUAUCUUUUUAAUAUAUUUUCGGUUAUAACUAUAACCAGUGUUGUUACUUUAAAAAAAGUAUUUAAUUAGUAAUUGCAUCAUUAUAAUAGUUUUUAAAAGACUUUUAUAAGUAGUGUAAGUCAUUAUACACUACAUAAAAUCUCAAUGCAUUCAGAAAUUAAACGUUUUACUUUAAAUUUGAGUCAAACAGGGCCUUUUAGCUUUAUGAAACAUUUUAUAUUCUUAAUUCAUUUCAAAUUCUUACAUUUCUUAAGCAAAUGUGACCUAACGAAUGUAACCUUUUUUCAGUUUAAUAUAAUGAAAGUACAUUAUAAACAACUGUAGUUAAACGACCUUAAACUUUUCAGUAAUCCCUUACCCUUUUAUUGGUCAUUUACAAAAAAUACACAAGUAAUUACACCCAACACUGAUUAUAACACAAUCUGCUAAAGCUUGAUAUGUGCCUGGCUUUUUUACUCUCUAUAUUUCUGUAUGUUGCAGUGUCUGUCACAGACUGACUGGGUUGAUCUGAAUUUAAGAUGGCUGACAGCUGGUGGGAGAACUCAGAUUAUGAAAUUCUGGCAGAAAUCGGCCAGGGUGCCUACGGGAAAGUGUACAAAGCCAGAGAGAAGCGUGAGCAGCAGCGCCUGAUAGCAGUGAAGAGACUGAACAUCCCAGAAGAACCUGAGUCCGGCAUACCUCAGUUCAUGAUUCGAGAAGUGGCUCUUCUGCGCAAAAUAGAGCACUUCAACCAUCCCAACAUAGUCAAGUUGAUGAGUGUUUCGGCAGGAUGGCAGAAUCAUAAGUUUGACAUGACGCUGGUGUUUGAGUAUAUCGAUCAGGAUUUGACCACAUUUCUCAGUAGGGCUUCAGAGAAAGGCCUUGCAAAGGACAAAAUAAAGGAUGUGAUGCGUCAGCUGCUCAGCGGUCUUGAUUUCCUCCACACCAACUCCGUCAUUCACCGGGACCUGAAGCCUGACAAUGUGCUCGUGAGCAGUCGAGGGGAAGUCAAGAUUGCAGACUUUGGUUUAGCCAGGAUAUAUACCUACCGCAUCGCCCUCACUCCAUGUGUUGUGACUUUGUGGUACAGAGCUCCAGAAGUCCUGCUGCAGUCCAGUUACAUGUCUUCAGUGGACAUGUGGAGUGCUGGGUGUAUCUUUGCAGAGCUGUUUCUCUUAAGGCCUUUGUUUCGUGGCUUCACAGAGAUCCAACAGCUGCAAAAGAUCUUUGAGGUAAUUGGCUUGCCGGGUAAGGAGGACUGGCCUGUGGAAAGCCCAGUCUGCUACAGUCCUGCCUUGGUUGAAAAAAAACCUGCAACACAAGUGCUGGCCAGCCUUACCCCUGAGGAGAAUGGCUUACUGUCUCAAUUUUUGGCAUUCAAUCCAGUUCAUCGCAUCUCUGCCUGUGAAGCUUUGGCCCAUCCUUACCUGGCAGUCCGCAACUCUGAAGAUAAAUGACAGAUGAGUGAAGAGGGUGGAGUUACAUGAUUAGACCCCUCCCACAUGCAGGCUGGCAUGCACUGAGAAUAAUUCUGCCACAAAAUAUAGAUAAUGACUUAAGUGAAGUCCAAUCCUUAACCCACAGAUCACGCUUUUUCCUCCUAAUUUCUUAAACUAAAGGCACAAGCAUUCUUGGUGGAGAUUGAAAACAUCUCCAAGGCUCUCUGAUGAUAAACAGAUGCACUCAUACAAUAUUUUUGGAGCAUAUGUCCAUGUUUUUGCAUAGGUGAUAAAUGAGGAUUUGUAUUUUCUUAAUAGUGACUUAACUAAUAAUGACAUUUGUGUGUAUGUUACUGCACAGUUGGUUGUUUGACAGGUACGUUUACUGUUUUCAGUUAGUUGUUUUUGAGAGCUGACUUUUGAUAGUGUGAUCAUAUUUUGAGUUUGUUUUGCCUUCAUUUGGAAGUGUUUUUAAGAGGCAGGUCGUGUUUGAGGUUCUGAUCAAAUAGUUUGACGUUUUGUGUUUUCUGUUGUUGAUGAAUUUAAGGUAAACACAAGCGAGAGCCAGCAAUAGUUUAAGAGACCCUGAGUAGUUAUUAUGAACUCUCAAAUAAAUACAAAUAUUUUACAUUUGUGUUUGAAUGCACAUUUGACUGUUCUGUUAGUAAUAAAACUGGCAUUUAAACAUU